GCUGAAGCAGCCUGGAUGGACUCUGGAGCUAUCUGUACACACUGCUCUAAAACCAGGCGUUUAAACCGGUUUAUUUCGCUGUGUUUAUUCUUUUUCUGGGUGAAAAUUUCAUCUGAAAGCUUUAACGGAGCGAGAUUAAGAGGGUUAGAGUAUGUAUAUUUAGUAUAUACAGUAUUAAAGUGAUAUAAACAGGAUGCAGCAGCAGCAGUUCUACAGCUGUAGCUGUUACUGCACUGAUAACCUGUUUCUACAGGAUUAUAAACUACAUGUUCGGUUCGGUUCUGAGGAGCAGUUCAGGACUGACUACCACAGCAUUCUUCGGUCUCUGGGCUGCUCCACUGAACUCCAGUUCAGCAAUGUUCUCCAAACAAUCCACGCCGAGAUCGAGAGGCGGAGGAAUCUUGAGGCGGACUCAGCUGAAAGGAAAGCGGCCAUUAAGGAAAAGUACAGACCCCUCCACCAACAUGUCUACUGCCUACAGGAAUCCUACCUGACUCCAGAGUUUCUACAAAUUGUAAAAUACUGUCAGUCAGACGGUGCCACUCAGGAGGGACUAAUGAAACUCAUUCACUCAGAGGCAGCUCCCAGGGUGUACCGUUUCCCAAUCUUCACGAAGAAUUUCUGCAGGGAUUUAAUAGAAGAGCUGGAACACUUUGAAGAGUCCGACGCUCCGAAGGGAAGACCGAACACUAUGAACAACUACGGGAUCCUGCUGAAUGAGCUGGGUUUUGAUGAGGGUCUGAUCACCCCUCUGAGGGAGCGUUACCUGCGGCCGCUGAGCGCCCUGCUGUACCCCGACUGCGGGGGGCAGUGGCUGGACAGCCACAAGGCGUUUGUGGUGAAAUACGCCAUGAAUGAAGAUCUGGAUCUCAGCUAUCACUACGACAACGCCGAGGUCACGCUCAACGUCUCACUCGGGAAAGACUUCACCGAGGGGAACUUAUACUUCGGAGACAUGAAGGAGGUUCCUCUGAGUGAGACGGAGUGUGCGGAGGUGGAGCACCGUGUGACGGAGGCUGUUCUCCACCGGGGGCAGCAGAUGCACGGAGCGCUGCCCAUCUCCUCCGGCCUGCGCUGGAACCUCAUCAUCUGGAUGAGGGCGUCUCGUCACAGGAACCGCCUGUGCCCCAUGUGCGGCCGGACCCCCAGACUGCAGCCCAGCCGGGGCCACGGGGACGGCUUCACCGCGGGGGCCGGAGACGCUGACGGCUGGAGCUGUGCUCUGACCUGACCUUACCAUGUUUUUAUUAUUAUAGCUGAGUAUAAUUUGUGUGCUGUGUGCCUUAGAUCAUAUCAGUUAAUCAUAAUUCAUAACGAAGAAAUGAUCAUCUGUGUAAUGUACAUUUUACAGAAUUUAAAAGCUAUUUAUUUUGGACAGUAAA